UUCUGUGCCAGCCUCAUGGAAAUGAAGCUGCCAGGCCAGGAAGGGUUUGAAGCUUCCAGUGCUCCUACAAAUGUUUCUGCAGGGGAGCUGGACAGUGACGUUGGUCCUGGCCCCAGUCCCGGCCCCGGCCCCAGCCCUGAUGGCCCCUCAGCCACAGAGAGCAAGGAACUGGGGGUACCCAAAGACCCUCUGCUCUUCAUUCAGCUGAAUGAGCUACUGGGCUGGCCCCAGGCACUGGAGUGGAGAGAGACAGGCAGGUGGGUACUGUUUGAGGAGAAGUUGGAAGUGGCUGCAGGCCGGUGGAGUGCCCCCCACGUGCCCACCCUGGCACUGCCCAGCCUCCAGAAGCUCCGCAGUCUGCUGGCCGAGGGUCUUGUACUGCUGGACUGCCCAGCUCAGAGCCUCCUGGAGCUUGUGGAGCAGGUGACCACGGUGGAGUCACUGAGCCCAGAGCUGAGAGGACAGUUGCAGGCCUUGCUGCUGCAGAGACCCCAGCACUACAACCAGACCACAGGCACCAGGCCCUGCUGGGGCUCUGCUCAUCCAAGAAAGGCUUCUGACGAUGAGGAAGCCCCCCUGAGGGAACAGUGUCAGAACCCUCUGAGACAGAAGCUGCCUCCAGGGGCUGAGGCAGGGACUGUGCUGGCAGGGGAGCUGGGUUUCCUGGCGCAGCCACUGGGAGCCUUUGUUCGGCUGCGGGACCCUGUGGUACUGGGGUCACUUGCUGAGGUGUCCCUCCCAAGCAGGUUUUUCUGCCUUCUCCUGGGCCCCCCUAUGCUGGGAAAAGGCUACCAUGAGAUGGCCCGGGCAGCAGCUGUCCUCCUCAGUGACCCGCAAUUCCAGUGGUCAGUUCGUCGGGCCAGCAACCUUCACGACGUUCUGGCAGCCCUAGAUGCCUUCCUAGAGGAGGUGACAGUGCUUCCCCCAGGUCGGUGGGACCCAACAGCCCGGAUUCCUCCGCCCAAAUGUCUGCACAAAAGGCUUCCCUCGCAGCAGCGGGAGAGCAAAGGUCCCGCAGUCCCGUGCCUGACCUCGGCUGAGAACAGGCACGGCCAUGACCCGCACGCCCCCAGCCCUGAGUUGCAGCGGACCGGCAGGCUGUUUGGGGGCCUUUUUCAGGACGUGCGCAGGAAGGCUCCGUGGUACCCCAGCGACUUCUUGGACGCCCUGCAUCUCCAGUGCUUCUCGGCUGUACUCUACAUUUACCUGGCCACUGUCACUAAUGCCAUCACUUUCGGGGGUCUGCUGGGAGACGCCACUGAUGGUGCCCAGGGAGUGAUGGAAAGUUUCCUGGGCACAGCAGUGGCUGGAGCUGCCUUCUGCCUGAUGGCAGGCCAGCCCCUCACCAUCUUGAGCAGCACCGGGCCAGUGCUGGUCUUUGAGCGCCUGCUCUUCUCUUUCAGCAGAGAUUACAGCCUGGACUACCUGCCCUUCCGCCUAUGGGUGGGCAUCUGGGUGGCUACCUUUUGCCUGGUGCUGGUGGCCACAGAGGCCAGUGUGCUGGUGCGCUACUUCACCCGCUUCACUGAGGAAGGUUUCUGUGCCCUCAUCAGCCUCAUCUUCAUUUAUGAUGCUGUGAACAAAAUGCUGAACUUGACCCAUACCUAUCCUAUCCAGAAGCCUGGAUCCUCUGCCUAUGGGUGCCUCUGCCAAUACCCAGGCCCAGCAGGAAAUGAGUCUCAAUGGACAACAACAAGCCCAAAAGACAGAGAUGACAUCUUAAGCAUGGACCUAGGCCUGAUCAAUGCAUCCUUGCUGCCGCCACCGGAGUGCACACGGCAGGGAGGCCACCCUCGUGGCCCUGGCUGUCAUACAGUCCCAGACAUUGCCUUCUUCUCCCUCCUCCUCUUCCUUACUUCCUUCUUCUUUGCUAUGGCCCUCAAGUGUGUAAAGACCAGCCGCUUCUUCCCCUCUGUGGUACGCAGAGGGCUCAGCGACUUCUCCUCAGUCCUGGCCAUCCUGCUGGGCUGUGGCCUUGAUGCUUUCCUGGGCCUAGCCACACCAAAGCUCAUGGUGCCCAGAGAGUUCAAGCCCACACUCCCUGGGCGUGGCUGGCUGGUGUCACCUUUUGGAGCCAACCACUGGUGGUGGAGUGUGGCAGCUGCCCUGCCUGCCCUGCUGCUGUCUAUCCUCAUCUUCAUGGACCAGCAGAUCACAGCAGUCAUCCUCAACCGUGUAGAAUAUAGACUGAAGAAGGGAGCUGGCUUCCACCUGGACCUCUUCUGUGUGGCUCUGCUGAUGUUACUCACAUCAGCGCUUGGACUGCCUUGGUAUGUCUCAGCCACUGUCAUCUCCCUGGCUCAUAUGGACAGUCUUCGGAGAGAGAGCAGAGCCUGUGCUCCCGGGGAGCUCCCCAACUUCCUGGGUAUCAGGGAGCAGAGGCUGACGGGCCUGGUGGUGUUCAUCCUUACAGGAGUCUCCAUCUUCCUGGCACCUGUGCUCAAGUUCAUCCCAAUGCCUGUGCUCUAUGGCAUCUUCCUGUACAUGGGGGUGGCAGCACUUAGCAGCAUUCAGUUCACUAAGAGAGUAAAGCUGUUGUUGAUGCCAGCAAAACACCAGCCAGACCUGCUACUGUUACGGCAUGUGCCUCUGACCAGGGUUCACCUUUUCACAGCCAUCCAGCUUGCCUGUCUGGGGCUGCUUUGGAUAAUCAAGUCUACCCCUGCAGCCAUCAUCUUCCCCCUCAUGUUGUUGGGCCUUGUGGGGGUCCGAAAGGCCCUGGAGAGGGUCUUCUCACCACAGGAACUCCUCUGGCUGGAUGAGCUGAUGCCAGAGGAGGACAGAAGCAUCCCUGAGAAGGGGCUGGAGUCAGAGCACUCGUUCAGUGGAAAUGACAGUGAAGAUUCAGAGCUGAUGUAUCAGCCAAAGGCUCCAGAAAUCAACAUUUCUGUGAAUUAG